UAGACAGCUCAAUGCCAAACAAAACAAACCACAAUUUCUAUGCAAACUCAUCCCAUACUUGUCUUUUUAGGGCUGUAUAAAUACCAACAAAAACCACAAGAAUUUCACUCGUCGUCAAAUCAAACUUGAGCUCUCAAAACCAAGAACUCACACCAUUUUUUUUAAUCAAGAAUGGCACCCAAUAUGGCCAAUGUUUUCGGCAUUCUUGGUAACGUGGUGUCGUUCUUGGUUUACUUGGCUCCGGUACCAACGUUUCAUAGGAUUUGUAAGAAGAAAUCGACGGAAGGGUUUCAAGCAAUCCCUUAUGCAGUGGCAUUGUUUAGUGCAAUGCUCUAUUUAUACUAUGCUUUUCUCAAGAAAAAUGGAAUGAUGCUCAUCACUAUAAACACCUUCGGAGGCACUAUUGAGGUUGUAUAUCUAGCAAUAUACAUGAUCUAUGCAACCAAAGAAUCCAGAGUUUUCACCACAAAAUUGAUCCUCUUACUUAAUGUUAGCUCACUGGGACUAAUUACAUUAUGCACUUAUUAUUUCGCACACGGGCAUCUACGAGUGAACAUCGUCGGUUGGAUCUGCGCUGUCUUCUCAGUCGCGGUCUUUGUUGCGCCUCUUAGUAUCAUGAGACAAGUUGUACGGACCAAAAGUGUAGAGUAUAUGCCCUUCACACUCUCUUGCUUCCUCACUUUGUGCGCUGUCGUUUGGUUCUUCUAUGGUUUUCUCAUCAAAGAUUACUACAUAGCUACGCCCAAUAUUCUCGGGUUCGUGUUUGGGUUGGCGCAAAUGAUGUUAUACUUGGUGUACAAGAACGAUAGUAUGUGCCUGAACCAACAAAUUCAACCUACUGAGGGAGAUUCUUCUAAGGAUGGUGAUGACAAUCAUCAUCAAGUGAAAACUAACAAUCAGGAAGUCGAGGUUGUCGUCGUCAAUUAGAGUAUUCUAAUAAAAUAUUUAUUAGGUAAUGUUUGGUAAAGGGCAUGUAUGUGACUAUUAGUAAAUCGUUUAAGUUGUUAUAUUAUUAUUUCGUACGUGAAUAUCAGAAUAUGUUUGUUAGGGAUAGUGUAUGUGCUGAUUAAAUUUCAGAUUUAUAAAUGUAUUUGUUGGUUUUUAUA